UCGGGAGCGCGGCGGGACGGGCGCACGGCGGAGAGUGGGGCGUCGCGGCGGUAGCUGCUGCCCGCCGGUGGGAGGGAGGUGGUGACGGCCCCGCCGCUCUUGCUGUUCCUGCUGCUCCUGCUGCCACCGCUGCUGCCGCUGAGGAAAAGCAUGUGUGCAGAGUUUGGUGGCAGAAUAUUUAAGGUAUGUGGGCAGUCUGUGGCAAAUACAUCUGAAGAAAGCGUGACUGGCUAAAGAGUCGUCUGAGCUUGUGUAUGAAGACAAAGAAGUGCUGGGAAGCCCAGGAAAAGAAUUAAUUGGAAGAAUAUUGCUAGACACAGAAGAAUUGGAACUUUUAACUUCUGCAACAGACAGUGACUAAGAAUAAAUACAUUGGUAAAAACAUCAGCAGUGAAAAGGCAGACUGUGUUUUUUCAUUAUCUUUUGGAUUUUAUUACUUAAGAGACGUUUUCAUCAUCCCAUUUAAUUAAUCUUGAAUUUCUCUGUACAUAAAACUAUAACUGGACAAUUGCAUUUCAAUACUGUUUAGUAACACUUUUGAAUGUUAAAUCAUUUGCCAAGAUGAGUGCUGAGGGAUAUCAAUACAGAGCUUUAUAUGACUACAAAAAAGAGCGAGAAGAAGAUAUUGACUUGCACUUAGGAGAUAUAUUAACUGUGAAUAAAGGUACCUUACUAGCACUUGGAUUCAGUGAAGGGGAAGAAGCAAAGCCUGAGGAAAUUGGUUGGUUGAACGGCUUUAAUGAAACCACAGGGGAGAGGGGGGAUUUCCCAGGAACUUAUGUAGAGUACAUUGGAAGAAAAAAAAUAUCUCCCCCCACUCCAAAGCCUCGUCCUCCUCGGCCUCUUCCAGUAGCACCAAGUCCUGCGAAAGCUGAAUCAGAGAGUGAGCAACAAGCUUUUUCACUUCCAGACCUUACAGAGCAGUUCACACCUCCUGAUGUUGCUCCACCAAUUCUUGUCAAGAUAGUAGAGACAAUCGAAAAGAAAGGGCUGGAGUACUCAACUUUGUAUGGAGCACAAGGCUCAAGCAGCGCAGUGGAAUUAAGACAAAUUUUUGAGUGUGAUGCCUCUUCAUUAGAUUUAGAGACAUUUGAUGUUCAGACUUUAUCAGAUGCUCUCAAGAGGUAUAUCCUGGACCUGCCAAAUCCCAUCAUUCCAGCAGCUGUUUACAGUGACAUGAUUUCUGUAUCUCAAGAAGUGCAGAGCUCAGAGGAAUAUGCUCAGUUGCUGAAGAAACUGAUCAGAUCUCCAAAUAUACCUCCUCAGUAUUGGCUCACACUCCAGUAUUUGCUCAAACAUUUCCUCAGAGUUUGUCAAGCCUCCAGCAAAAAUCUCUUGAAUGCGAGGUCUCUGGCUGAAAUUUUCAGCCCUCUGCUUUUCAGAUUCCAGAUAGCAAGCUCUGAUAAUACAGAACACCACAUAAAAAUCCUAGAGGUUUUAAUCACUAGUGAAUGGAACGAGAGACAGCCCGUACCAGCACUGCCUCCUAAGCCACCGAAACCUAAUACCGUAACUAACAAUAGCAUGAAUAACAACAUGUCAUUACAAGACGCUGAAUGGUACUGGGGGGAUAUCUCAAGAGAAGAAGUGAAUGAGAAGCUUAGAGACACAGCUGAUGGUACCUUUUUGGUACGAGAUGCUUCAACCAAAAUGCAUGGGGACUACACACUGACACUGAGGAAAGGAGGAAAUAACAAAUUAAUCAAAAUUUUUCACCGAGAUGGAAAAUACGGCUUCUCUGACCCAUUAACAUUCAACUCUGUGGUCGAGCUAAUAAACCACUACCGGAAUGAAUCUCUAGCCCAGUAUAAUCCUAAACUGGAUGUGAAAUUACUCUAUCCAGUGUCUAAGUACCAGCAGGAUCAAGUUGUAAAAGAGGAUAGCAUUGAAGCAGUAGGAAAGAAAUUACAUGAAUAUAAUACCCAGUUCCAAGAAAAAAGCAGAGAAUAUGACAGACUCUAUGAAGACUACACAAGAACAUCUCAGGAAAUUCAAAUGAAAAGAACAGCCAUUGAGGCAUUUAAUGAAACAAUAAAAAUAUUUGAAGAGCAGUGCCAAACACAGGAAAGAUACAGUAAGGAAUACAUUGAAAAAUUUAAACGGGAAGGAAAUGAAAAAGAAAUACAAAGGAUCAUGCACAACUAUGAAAAACUAAAGUCUCGGAUAAGUGAAAUUGUGGACAGCAGGCGUAGAUUAGAAGAAGACUUAAAAAAGCAAGCAGCUGAAUAUAGAGAGAUAGACAAGCGUAUGAACAGCAUUAAGCCAGACCUCAUACAGCUGAGGAAGACAAGAGAUCAGUAUUUGAUGUGGCUGACUCAAAAAGGCGUUCGGCAAAAGAAGCUAAAUGAAUGGCUUGGAAAUGAAAAUGCAGAAGACCAAUACUCUAUGGUAGAAGAUGAUGAGGACUUGCCCCAUCAUGACGAGAGAACGUGGAAUGUGGGAAAUAUCAAUAGAAGCCAAGCUGAAAAUCUGCUGCGGGGAAAACGAGAUGGAACAUUCCUUGUUCGAGAGAGCAGCAAACAAGGCUGCUAUGCCUGCUCUGUUGUGGUGGAUGGUGAAGUAAAGCACUGUGUGAUAAACAAAACACCUACUGGGUAUGGAUUUGCAGAGCCAUAUAACUUGUACAACUCGCUCAAGGAACUGGUGCUACAUUACCAACACACGUCACUUGUGCAGCACAAUGACUCUCUCAAUGUCACGCUAGCCUACCCAGUAUAUGCACAGCAGAGGCGAUGAAGAUCCUGAUACUCUGGGUUGUUUGUUGGUUUUUUUAAAGAAAUUACUUGGCAACGUUGAGGCCUCUGGAGAGAAAAGGCUCCUUUCAGCUUUACUCAAGAAUUUGUAGUAUCAAAGCUAUUUGUCUUCAGAUGGAACUAAAGAUUUCCUUCACAACUGCAGUGGGAGAGAUCACAGUGUUAUGCUGUGAAUGUAUGUUUGUAAUCUAAAGUGCUUUUUUUUUUUUUUUUUGUAAUUAUAAAAGAAAAACACAAGAGAAAAAUCCAAACCUGAUCUCCCUGCAGGGACAUAGAGGCCUUUAAGCAUGGUGCUUGUUUACGACCACUUCUGAAGCUUUACCAGCUAGAACAUUGGAUUAUGCAGACACAAGGUAUAAGAGGUCUGUGUCAUUCAGUUAUUGGAAUUUCGUGGUCAUAAUCUGACUUGGAAUGGUGUUGCUGCACUCAGUGGAUCCAGACAUACAGCCUUGUGGUUCUAUUUUGAUUUCUGGUGAAUGAUAUGUAGCAGAGUGGCACUUUCAUUUCUAAGGGACACUUUAAAAGGACUUCAGUUACAGUAUGUUGCUCAGAGUAAUUGUAAUAGCAAAGUGCCAGGAAGUGUUUUGUUUAGAUGAUUAAAAAUCCUGUUUUAAGAAUAUAUUUAAGAUUGAAGAAAACAGGAUUUUCAAUGGCAUACAGUGUAUAAUAAUGUACAUAGUACUGGAGGACUAACUGUCAUUGAUGGAAACUGUCAAUACCAAACUGCUUCGUUUUUGCCUUUUCUGUUCGCUCAAAGCUAAAUUUUUAGACUAUGCUAUGCAAUACUGAAUUUUCUUUAGGCUGUAGUCUUCUCUCAAGCAUAUCUACAGAUUAAGCUUGUUUUUCUUGGUUUUUUUGUCUUUUUUUUUUUUUAAUUUCUUUUCCCUAAUGAUAUUCUUCCUGGCAAUUGCUUUUUGUUAAUAAUUUUCUUGUUUGUUUUGUUUUGUUUUGUUUUGUUUUGUUUUAAUGGACAGGGAGCCAGCAAGAGUUGGCUUGAAAAUUUAAACUGUGGAAUAUUUGACAAUUUUCAUUGUAUAGAAUAUUGAGCUACUAGCUCAAAGUUUAAAAAGUUCAUAAAUUUUUUUUGACUAAAUACUUUGUUGGGCAGUGCCUGAUAAGCUUCAAAGCUGCUUAGUUCAAUAAAAUUGUAUGAACAUUACAAAAUAUCACUGAGUCCAACAAUACUGUUUCAGAGAUAUCUUUAGAAUACGGUACCAUGCUACAUUUGCUUCUUGAAGCAUUUUGGACUUCUAUAAUGAUUGUCUUAUAUAUGGAAGACAAGGAAAAUAAUGUAUCCUUCUUUGAUAGUGACUGCAGAAAUAAAUGGGGAUAUUUUGCUACUGCAGUGUAGAGUGUAGAUAGUUUGGAUCUCAGAAUGAAUCCACCUUCACAGUAAAUGAAUGACUUCUUGACCUCCUGUGACAGAAUUUUUGUCAGGCUCUAAAGGUAUUUUCAUUUCACAUGAAGGAAGUUUCUCCAAUCUGUUGCCUAGGUUUAUUUUUUGGAUACAAUAUAGAACUAAUUAAGACUGAAAAUAUCUUUUUUUAAAAUGAUUAGGCUAUGAUAUGUAUUUUCAAAAGUCUGUAGGCUGAGGCAGUAUCAAAGUGAACACUUCCAUAAUUUUAGGGCACCAGAGACAAAAUCAUGGUUCAGUUAAGGGAAACAAAUACAUAAAUCUCACUAAAACAGAGUUACCCAUAAUCCUGAGAUAGUUCACUGUCAAUAGUUUGCAAUGGUUAUUUAUUGUCCUGACCACUGAGGAAAUUCACACUUUGCAAAUCAAUAAAGUAAUGACAUUCAGAGAAAUCUUGGAGAAGAUUUGAUUAAGUGAACAUAUGAAAUUAUUCUUCCCCCAAGAUGCAAAAGAUAAGAUCUAUUACUAUUAAAGAGAGUUGCACACACAAUCAAAAGAAUGAGACCCAUGGAGUUCUCUCAUAAUAGCUCUGGUUAGAGAUCCUUGUGUUUUAUUUCAAAGUAUGCAAUGCUUUAUAAGCUGUUGGAAAUAAUAAUAAGAAAUUUGCCGGUCUCCACUAAUCUUCAUAUUAUCUUUUCAUUUUUACAUUGUUACUUCAGUUCUGAGGCUGUAAGAUUUUUGAUUUUACUUUGACUUUGUGGUCUAUUUUUUUUGUUGGGUUGUCUUAGCUUUCCUGUAGUUGUAUUUUCUUAUUUAUAUCAGGAAACAAGAUCCAACAAAUAUUGUUUCACGAUAGUCAUCACUUAGAAAAUUAUUCUGAAUAUUUUUCCUGAAUAGAAGUUUAGUCUUCAUGCCUUCCCUUUCCCAUUCCAUACCUUUUUCAGGCCUGUAGGACCAUGUGAAUCUGUUAUACAAAUAACUGGUUUAUACUACAAAAAACACCAACAAUUACUCUAGCAUGCCAGUUAUACUACUGGGCUUGAAGUUACAGAUUAGUUCAAUAUACAGCAGUUUAACGCUUAUAGCAAUCCAAGAUAUUCUUUGGACAUAUAUUAAUUUCUGAAUGUUAAAUAUUUUAAGAGUAAAAUUGUAUUUUUUCUCUGUAGGCAAAAUAUAUGUAAUCUGAAUUGAUGUUUCACGUAGCAUUUGUCAAGAAAUUUUAUCAUAGUUAAAGCAUUUGGAUCUAAUUUUCCUCAUAUUAAGAAAAUCCCUGCUAUGUCAGUGGGCCAUAUCCUUAGCAUGCCCAGCCCAGUAUGGAAUAUAAUUCAUUCCUGUGUGCUGUGCAACUUCUCUUUGUGUGUGGCUGUAGCAGAAAAAAAUAGUGUGUGUGCAGAUUUGACACUUGCUUUUCUUGCACAAGCAACAAUGAGAAAUAAGCUCUAUGUUUUAAUGAUGAAUGCUUAGGGCUUCUUAAGGGGAUGUUCUGCCUACACAGGGUCUGUGCAAUUUGCAGGGAUCAUUUACGCCCUCAAAUUGGCAUGAGUGCGUUUUCUUUGGUACUUACAUAUUGUGUGGCCUCUGCAUUUCUCUCCCUCCUUAAUGCACAGAGCUAAGUCCUGCCAAAGGCCCUAUUCACUGCAGAGUUGUUUGUCUUUAAUGUACCAUAUUGUUCACUCCAGUUUUGAUCUGAUCUCAGACUACUAUAUACAGAAAAAAAAGCAUGGGGAUAUAACUAAAGAAACACAGUGUUUUUCUGUAUUUCUAUUGAUGCAAAGUUUUUUUCAUCGAAUAUAAUCAAUGGAUGGGCUUAACUCUGUUACUUUUUUUUUCUUUUUUUAAUUUGCAUAACUUUUCGUUUUAUUUUAAGUCCCUGAGUUAUGCUGCACUGCAGCAUCUCUUUCUCAAGGCCUUUGAAAGGCAUGAGACAUUGCAAAGAGAACCAAAACUCACAGGCAAAAUGAAGAGUUUCUGAUUUAAUUCAGCUGAAGUACGAAUUUGCAGGUUGGGGAUGCAUAUCUGUGCAUACUCAUACACACUUGCUGUGUUUAUGUAUGAACAGUUCCCAAUAUAGAUGCAUUUUCACAGAACCUGAUCAUUUUGCUGAAUUUAGUAAGUGAUAUCAUUAACUUUGUUUAAAGACACACACAUGCACACUAGACCUUUGUGGGUGCAGCAUGUUUCCAGAUACAGUUAGAAACCUGAGUUUCUGUGUUGUUGGAUAGUUUCUUAAAAAAAAAAAAAUAAAUAAAAAAAGCUUGUCUGUAUGGUUCCGUUAUCUUGUCAAGCAAUCUGUAAAACCAAAUCUUCAGAUUUUCUAUUUGGUGUCAACUGUUCUGUAGUGAAAAAAAAUGGCUUUGUCUUGUAAUUGGCAAUGAAAUAAUAAUGCUUGGGAAAACAUUCAGAUGCUUCUAAUGGGGAAAACUGCCGAUUUUCACACAGUGCUUUUGCUAUGCAUGGUAUUAAGUUGGGAAAGUGAAUCCUGAUACUGGUUUUUUUCAGGUUCACUUUAGAAAUGGGCAGCUCAAAGCAUAAUGCCUCCCAUGGGACAAGGUUACAAAGUGCAACAUUUUAUGUAAAGUCAUGUUCUGUUUACUGCAGUUGAGACUAAAGUGUAGGAGUUGGUAAGGUUACAUUGCACUUGUCCUGAUGAGAUUGCAUUAGCUGCCCAAGAUGCUGCUAUUUUUUUUUAUUCUUGUUUUUUGAAAAUAAAGCUCUGUUCUGUUACAUGUCUUUAAAACAUUAAGAUUGCUUUGUUUCAAAAUUGUCGUUGAGGAGGUGGAGAGUAAAGCAGAUUGUAAAUUGCCUUUACAAGGCAACAGUGAAAACAUGCCUCCUUAAAAUUUUGUUCAAGCUGUAGAGUUGAUGGAGCUGUGUCUUGUUUUUGAGUUGCUUUAAAAAUUGUAAUAAGUCUUCAAGCAGAAUAAAGGUUGUUUUGAAACUGCA